AUGUCGCCCGCCGCCGCCACCACAGCCUUCGCCGCAGUCUCCGUCGCCGCCCCCAACCCUACCGCUCCAUCCCGCGGCCGCGUGCGCCUUCCGCUGCGCGGGGUCCCUGCCGCCCCACGCCGCGCCGCCGCCUCGAUGGCCGUGUCCGCCCCCAGGUCCGGCGCCGCCGCCUCGUUCCUCGAGCGCCGCGAGUCCGAGCGCGCUCUCCACUUCGUCAAGUAUCAGGGCCUCGGCAACGACUUCAUUAUGGUGGACAACAGGGACUCGUCGGUGCCGAAGGUGACGCCGGAGGAGGCCGCGAAGCUGUGCGACCGAAACUUCGGCAUUGGCGCCGACGGCGUCAUCUUCGUCAUGCCGGGGGUCAAUGGUACCGACUACACCAUGAGGAUCUUCAACUCUGACGGCAGCGAGCCAGAGAUGUGUGGUAAUGGAGUCCGUUGCUUUGCUCGGUUUAUAGCCGAGAUUGAAAAUCUACAGGGGACAAAUAGCUUCACUAUUCAUACUGGUGCUGGAAAGAUCAUUCCUGAAAUACAAAGUGAUGGGCAGGUAAAGGUUGAUAUGGGCGAGCCCAUCCUUUCUGGACCAGACAUCCCCACAAAACUGCUAGCUACCAAGAACAAAGCUGUUGUCCAAGCCGAAUUGGCAGUUGAGGGCUUAACAUGGCAUGUCACAUGUGUUAGCAUGGGCAACCCUCACUGUGUCACAUUUGGUGCAAAGGAGUUAAAGGUGUUGCAGGUUGACGAUUUAAAACUUAGCGAAAUUGGGCCUAAAUUUGAGCAUCAUGAAAUGUUUCCUGCUCGCACAAACACAGAAUUUGUACAGGUUUUGUCUCGUUCACACCUCAAAAUGCGAGUCUGGGAGCGUGGUGCUGGAGCAACUCUUGCCUGUGGUACUGGUGCUUCUGCAGUGGUUGUUGCAGCUGUUCUUGAGGGUCGAGCUGAGCGGAAAUGUGUAGUUGAUUUGCCUGGUGGGCCAUUGGAAAUUGAAUGGAGGGAGGAUGACAAUCAUGUUUACAUGACUGGUCCUGCAGAGGCCGUCUUUUAUGGAUCUGUUGUUCACUAG